CUUCAACUCGGUCAAUUCGCGCUCUAUUGCAAAGAGAGGCUGCAACUUUCUAUAUUUCCUUUUUGCAGACUCUGUGUAAUGCAUAGAGUACACUUGCGGUCCUGCGGAACUGAACAAACACAGCGGCCUUCUCCGCAACAGAACCUCCGAUAAGCCCGCGGCAUUGUCAAUCAUGAAGCAUGGCAGGGACAGGUGCCUCGAACAAAGAGCGCCCUCUUGCGGGGGUGGUCUUGUGCUUCACGUCCAUUGCUGCGGAGGAGCGGACUGAAAUAGUUGCCGUCGCAAGCCAAAUGGGCGCGGAGCAUAGUUACGACCUCACAUCCACCGUCACCCAUCUAAUCGUCGGCGAGAUCAACACCCCAAAGUACAAAUUUGUUGCACGCGAGAGGUCCGACGUGGUGGUUCUCAGACCGGAAUGGGUAGAGGCUGUUCGCCAGUCUUGGAUCAAGGGUGGCGACACCGAUAUUCAUGCUUUAGAGGAACAUUAUAGGUUCCCGACCUUUUCUGGGUUGUCCAUAUCGAUUACGGGCUUUGAAGAUAUGGGAUUACGAAACUACCUUCGCACCAAUGCCGAGCUCAACGGCGCGGAAUUUCGACGGGAUCUCACCAAAACAGUCACACACCUUGUCGCGCUGAGUGCAGAAGGCGACAAGUACAAGUUCGCAACACAAUGGGAUGUCAAGGUCGUCACGCUCAAAUGGUUUACCGACAGUAUCAAACGUGGAAUGAUCCUGGAAGAGGAACUGUACCACCCGCUUUUACCGCCGGAAAAGCAAGGUGCUGGCGCCUGGAAUCGUUCUGUUUCCGUAGUCAGAACAAGGCCAGCGGAGGCCGAAAACUCCUCAAAUCCUCGACCACGAAAACUACGGAGAAUCGCGAGUACUAAACUUGGUGACCAGAACGAGAAUAUCUGGGGGGACAUAGUCGGCAUUGGGUUUGAGACUACAGCACCAAAGCCGUCAAGGGAAGAGAGACAAGCAUCUUUCGAGAAAAGGUCAAAGGACGUCAGUGUGCUCCAGGUCGCCAGGUCAUUUGCGAGCCAGACCGCAUUUGGCGCUCCUUCUCAGCCUCGAGAGAGAACUGUAGAACCGUCAGUCAGUCAUCGAAAAGGUUUCUUGGAUGGUUGCUUCUUUCUGAUACAUGGCUUUUCCUCCAAACAGACCACCGUUUUACGAGACCACCUUUCGUUCAAUGGGGCACAAUUAGUAAAUUCCUUGAGCGAAUUCUCACGACCAGAUAUACCAAAAACAGGCGAUGGCCUCUACAUCAUUGUCCCAUACAAGACCCCUCGAUCUCACGCCCCUUCAACAGAAGAUCUAGCGUUUGAGUGCGAUAUCGUGACCGACAUGUGGUUAGAGAGAUGCCUUGACGCAAAAACCUUGGUGUCUCCUGAAUCCCACCUGGCAAAUACCCCAAUUCCCUCCUUUCCUAUCAAAGGACUUUCCGAAAUGAAGAUAUGUUCCACGGGGUUCUCACGAAUCGACUUGUUACAUCUAUCAAAGCUUGUCACUCUAGUUGGCGCAACGUAUAAUGAAUACCUAACCCCAACGGCAUCCGUCCUCAUAUGCAACAAUUCAGCCUCUCUCAACCACGACAAGCUCCGCCAUACCCAUGAAUGGGGCGUCCCAACAGUCACGGCCGACUGGCUAUGGGCUUCGAUCCGGAACGAAGAGAAACAAUCCUUCGAUCCAUAUCUUAUCCGCAAACAAUUGACACAGAGCGGUAGAGAUCUCGAGGUGCGAGCUGGUUCUCGCCCCGAGUCCAGACGGCCCUCGCAACAUACUGGUACCAAGGAUAACACGCAACUGCAAUCUAUCAAGGUUCCUAGUCAAUUAAGCUCAUCAGAUACCCACUCUACACACAAACAAGAGUCAAAACAAUCCAUCGCAGAAAGCCCUCAAAAAGCACCUAAACAGAAAUUUCCUCCCCCAGAACCAUCUCGAAAAUCUACAUCACCCACAAGACCAGCACCCCGCGAUCCCGCAGCAACAACAACGAAAUCCCCAUCUCCAUCCACAAAGCGCAAAACCCUCCACCAAGCACACAUUGCACCCACCGCAUCCUCCACAAAAUCCGCCCUCGACUCCGCGGUCAACGGCCUCCUAAAGCAAGCCCGCGCCACAGUAUCCCGCUCCGCAUCAGACCCAGCCGGCGAUUCACACUCACACGACCGGAUUCGCUCCCGACGACCGAGGCCACUUCUCGGCCGCGCGCAAUCGAACUCCUCUGCUCGCACAGCCGAACAGCAAAAGAGUUUUUCUCGCGCGAGUUCAAUCGAUACACUCAACGACGACGGCUGCGGCAGCGUAGUCGAGAGUCUCCAUACAGACGGCGGGAUUCCCUCGCUAGCAAACAGCGGGCGCUACGAGUUCGAGUAUCCGGAGGGUGAUCGGGAUGCAGGGAUCGAGGCAGAGACGGAGACGCCGCCGAUGACGCAGCUUGAUUACGAGGAUGCGGAUGCGGUUGCUAUGAGGGAGAAGUUCCUGAGACAUGCGGGGAAGAUCGUUGAGAAGCCGGCGACGAGGCAGUCGGCUGUUAUUGGGGAGGUUAGGGAUCUAGAGGAAGGUGGGUGGGGGACUGGGAGGAGGACAAGGAAUGCGAAUAAGGUUAUUGAUCUUGAUGAUGAUGAUUUCUAAGUGUUAUUUAAUGUGCUUGCUUAGUCGGUUUGCUGGUGGAUAUACUCGGAUGAUCUAAUAUCGCUCUCUCUCAGCCUUGUUCUGCAUAGUGCAUCGUGGGUGGCGUUUAGACCUCUAGUCUUCUUGGAUGGGGGCAUCGAGAGUCAUGAUAUGUACUGUUAGGUCCUCCAGUACUGUAUAAAUUCAGUUCCUAAUAUCCUUCA